CCAUAUCCAUAUGCUCAUAAGCCACACACCAACAUACAUAUCUUGUUCUCAAAUACUACUUGUGUUUCUUAAUUCCCCUUUGAAACUUCAUCACCAAAUUAUCAAAUUAAACCAAACAUGGGUGUAUUCACAUUUGAGCAAGAAACCACCUCUACAGUUGCUCCUGCUAAGCUUUACAAAGCUCUUGUCCAUGACUCUGAUGAUAUCAUCCCAAAAGCUGUUGAUGCCAUCAAGAGUGUUGAAACCGUCGAGGGAAAUGGUGGUGCCGGCACCAUCAAGAAGCUCACUUUCGUUGAGGGAGGACAAACCUUGUAUGUGUUGCACCAAAUUGAUGCAAUUGAUGAAGCAAACUUGGGAUAUAACUAUAGUAUAGUUGGAGGAGUCGGGUUGCCAGAGACAGUCGAAAAGAUAUCAUUUGAAGCGAAAUUGGUUGAAGGCCCAAAUGGAGGGUCUAUUGGAAAGACGACUGUUAAAUACCAAACCAAAGGAGAUGCUAAGCCAAUUGAAAAGGAGGUUGAGGAAGGCAAAGCCAAGGGGGAUGCUCUUUUCAAGGCCAUUGAGGGUUAUGUUUUGGCCAAUCCUAAUUACAACUAAUCCAUCCUCCAAUUUACCAAGUCUAGCUACUAUCAUCACUAAACAUGAGCGUGCUUGCUAGUUGUUUUUGUGUCUUCUUAAUCUUCCAAUGUAAUAAAGUUUUUUCUUGUCAGUUUCUUUUCUUACUUUUCAACUGGGAGAUUUGUGAUGUUUAUGUUGUAUCUCACUUCAUCAAUGAAUAAAUUAAUACAAAUGAAAUCA